GGCUACACUUCGCACCGUGCAUCAAAAUCAUCACGGUCGCUCGGGACGGCAUCACAAUUCCAGUGACAGCCACGGGGUGACCAAAACGGCGUUCGGCCUGGAGUUCAGUCUCGCCAAGUGCUCCCGCUGAGACAUCUUCCAUUACACGCGCUUCCACGGCUUCAAGUCGGAAGCAGCCAAUCAUCUGGCCCCGACUGACCACCACUACAUCUCGAACCAAGUGUGUCGAUAGAAACCAACAAUAAGCCGUCGCCAUGGACACCCAGGUCGAACCAGUCAAUGAUGGAACGGCGGAAGAAAGCAUCGAGGGCGUCGAGGGCGUCCAAGGUGUUAAUAAGGACGAUGCCCCAAAAGACCAUGGCCCGUCACCACCCAAAGACAGCAACUCGGCGCCCCGGUUCCCGAUCCCCAAGAGGACCAUGGGCGCCGUCGAAAUCCCCAUGAUUGUCAUGAACCUGGACCGCACAGAAAAGGCUUUUGGCAACGUCUCGUCUUUCCAAAAUAUCCUCGACAGUGAGCGCAACACAAUCCCAUUCUACCUCAACCCAGAGAGCCCUUUCCGCAGACCCAUCAUGUCUCACAGCGCUACGAGCCACAAUGUGGUCUUGAAGGUCACGGUCCCGAAGCGGACCGGCAGGAAAAGGAAGAGAGGGUCGGAUGGGCUGUGGGAAGGUGAAGUCGACAUGCGCGAUGUGCCCAGGGCCAGCCCAGGAGCCGAGCCCAUUUACUCCAGGUCGAGGCUGGACAACCCUAAGCUUCUACGGCGGAAGAUGCGAGACAACGUCGACAGGUACAGCGUAGAAGCCGUCGGCGUCAUCAAGCACACCCACCGCUUCCGAGGCAUGGCGGAUUUCCACUGGGGCCUCGAGCAGUCUCCCUUCAUUUCGAGGUUCAUGAACCAGGUUAUGCCUGGCGAUAUCACCAAGAUGAGGGACUUCAAGUUCAUUGACGGCGUCGACAAGGGGCCCAACGUCGACAUUGUGCCGCCGCCCGUGUGGACGCCAAUGACGCUUCCCUUUAUCUACAACUACUCCCAAAACCCCUAUGUCCGCACCGAGCUCGACCAGACAGGCCAGGCGCAGCUCAUCAACACCCAGCUGCCCACCCUCAUCGGCUACUUCCUCAAAGCAGACCAGUAUCCCAUUCCGCCAGGCCCGCAAACACCGUACGACGGCUCCGACGAGGAGGUCACGUACUGCAUAGCCCGCAUGCUGGAGGCGAUGGAGGAGCGGCCUAUCUGGACGCGCCGGUCCCUGAUGAACAAACUCGGGUCCGUUGUCCGCAACGCCAACGUCAUGAAGCGCUGUGUCGGCUAUGUAGGCUACCAAUUCCGUGGCGGCCCCUGGCGCGAUGCCAUCAUCAAGUACGGCGUCGAUCCGCGCACCGAUCCCUCCUUCAGGACGUACCAGACGAUGAUCUUCAACAUGCGCAAGCUCCAGGCUGGGCACAUUGGUGAGACAUGGCAUGCUAUCCGCAGCCUGCGCACCGAGCAGCGCCAGCCCCAGGGCGACAACCACGAGUCCCACGUCUUUGACGGCAAGUCGUACUGGACCGACGGCAAGGUCUGGCAGAUUUGCGACAUAACGGAUCCCCUGAUUGCAAACAUCUUUGCAACGGCGCCGCAGCGUCCCGAAGUGGACAUCUACAAUAGCGGCUGGUACCACCAGGGCACGUGGGCCAAGGUCAAAGGCAUCAUGAAGACCAAGAUGAUUGCGAUCCAGUUUGGGCGCAAGCUCACGGAUGACGACUUUGCCGGCAUCUACGAUGUGCGCGACACGACGCCGCCGCCGGGCUCCUCGAGCGUUCACGUGCCGCUGCCCGAUCUCGAGCUCACCGACGCCGAGAAGCGCGUGCUGUACGGCCGCCGGUUCAAGGAACCCAAGAAGAAGCGCAAGGGCACCGCGUACCGCGUCACUAAGUCUAACGGGCCGCGGGGCGUUGCUGCCGCCGCCGCUGCGGGACGCAAGGCUGCUCGUAAGGAGGACUCAGGUGCGGAGGAAAGUGACGAGGUCGAAAGCGAGGACGACGUUGACUACCUUAAUGAUGACGAUUACGAGCCCAAGAGGCGGGUCUUUGCACCCGUGCCUGGUCUUGAUGAGGGCAUGGAGGAGGAAGAAGAGGAAGAAGAGGGGCUAGAGGAGGAGUACGGCGAUGAGGACGACGAUGGAGAGGGCUACGGGUACGAAGACGGCGAGAGAUAUGAUGAGUAUGAUGAGAGGCCCUUCUAUGGUGCUAGUGAGCGGCGUGGCGUUCGCUUCGCAGACGAUCAGGGAGGUGAGACGGACGUGGAUGCGGCGUACCCCUCGGAAGUCCUGCCUUGAUGUGAAUAGGGUAUGCCGGAGUCCUCGACCUAGGGGUCAUCACAGUAAUGCGGCUCAAGGUGGAAGCAGAGAAUCACGGGCGUCGAAAGAGUUCGCAUUAUGCUCUGUUUACAAACUAGGUCCCCCGGAUAUAUAUCCCAUGCCCGUCUCUUAUGCUACCAUAUUCCGUUGCCUACCCCCCAAAGUUUAAAGAUAGGAGAAAUGCUAAGACGCGGCAAUGAAGACCCUACAAAACGUAUAUGUAAUAGACAUCGCGAAGGGGGGAGAGACCCUCACUGCACUCUGAGCACCUUGGUCUUGUUCUCCUUCUGCUGCCGCAUCCCCUCCACCCACGCCGCCGUCUCCCGCAGCGCCCGCCGGGGAUCCUUUUUCCGCUUCAGCAGGAACCCCUGGAUCUCGGCCGGGCUGA